GCGCAGGCGCGGAGGGCGGGACGCUCGAGGUGCGCCUGCGUUGCGCGGGAGAAGUCGCUACGCGCUCAGUGGGCGCCUGGGUGUGAGCGCGGGAAGAUGGCCGAGCCGGUGUCCAAGUCUGUGCUGUUCGUGUGUCUGGGUAACAUCUGCCGAUCACCCAUUGCAGAAGCAGUUUUCAGAAAGCUUGUAACUGAGCAAAAUCUUUCAGAUAACUGGAGGAUAGACAGUGCAGCGACAUCCACAUAUGAAAUAGGGAACCCUCCUGACUAUCGAGGGCAGAACUGCAUGAGGAAGCAUGGUAUUCCCAUGACUCACGUUGCCCGGCAGGUUACCAAGGAAGACUUUGCCACGUUUGAUUAUAUACUUUGUAUGGAUGAAAGCAAUCUAAGAGACUUGAAUAGAAAGAGUAAUCAAAUUAAAAACUGCAAAGCUAAAAUUGAACUCCUCGGGAGCUAUGAUCCACAGAAACAGCUUAUUAUUGAAGACCCCUAUUAUGGGAACGAGUCCGACUUUGAGACCGUCUACCAGCAGUGUGUGAGGUGCUGCAGAGCUUUCCUGGAGAAGGCCUGCUGAUGUCGCACCCGGGCCCCCGGCCCCCGGCGAGCCCCACGGGAGCCACAGUGAGGCCGCAGCUGCUUCUUCGGUUGGCCCUGUUUCUUAAAUGCUUGUAGAUGGAAUUCAGUUACCGUAUUUGGCAAAUAAAUAGAAAUGUUUCAUCCAGUUUGUGGGGUACACAAAGCGUUCCUGACGAGUUGAACUCCCACUUUGCCCCGGCUACAAAAAUCGUGGGACACGACCCCCGGAGCCCAGAGACCUCCAGCAUCCCCUUCAGGCCGUGUGGGCACACGAGCUCUGCCUCUUCCUCCCUGAGUUUGCGGACCACCGACGGGGACGAUGCCCUCCGCUGUCUCGUGACCCCUUCUCGCCAGGGGCCCCAUCCAGCCCAGCGGGCCAUCCGUGGGAGCUCACCCCAGCUCCCAGUGCACACCGUUGACGUAGAAAGUGGGAAAGAGAGUUAGGUGUCCAUCUUUAGAACAUUCAGUGCUUGCUAGUUUUUGUCUGUCUGUCUGUCUGUCUGUCCGGUUUAUUUCACAGGGAAGUCAGCCUCUUUCCAUUUGAACCAUUUUGCCUCUGGAAAUUUAAUUCCAUCCAGAAGGAAAGACACUGUGUGCUGGUUUUGCUUUUAAAUGCUAUGUGACCCAAAUGUCAAAUGUAGAUGAGCUCAGGUGGGGAAAAAAUUAUUAAAAAGUUGGGAAAAGUUCUUUUAUGUUGGAAUGCUUAAACAUGGAUACAUUAAGUAUUCUUUCUUUGUUGUUUGAUUUAUAGACAAAUACAGGUAACUUCUGUGCACUUUGAGGUAACUAAUCUAAAAUUCAUAUGGAUUUGUGGCAGAAAAGAUUGUUUUCAAAAUAAACUGGGGAGAUUAUAAAAAUACAACUAAGAUAGAAGUCUGUCUGCUUUUUUAUUGAUAAGUGAAGAAUUAGAAAACAGUGCUUUUCUUGUCCCUUUCAGAUGGUCUGUGAUGCUAUCUAUGCGUGUUUAUCUUCAGUGUUAGGAAGUAAAAUGACAAAAAUAAGUAUAUUGCUUCCACUUUUGAUAAAGUGUUUGUGAAAGAAAUAGGAGGCCCCUGCAGCCAUAAAUGUCCUUGCCUGACCCCACCACCUGUGGAGUGAGACCGUCUGCUCCUUGGAGCCCUCCUGGGUGGCAUGGCUAGAUGGGUGACAGCUUGCUCUACAGCCGGCCUCUACCCUGAUUCGUAGCUGGUGGUCCGGAGUCCUGGGAGAAACACCACUCACCGAUCGGUCUUCACCCAAAGUCUGAGUGGAUCACUGCUCAGCAGUAGAACGAGUGUAGAGGAACAGCUGCCCCAUCAGGGUGCCCUGAGGGGCCAGGGGCGGAGCGGGGGGGGGGGGGGGGGGGGCAUUUAGAUCUGGAGUCUCCUCCCACCUGGAGGAUGUGCAGGCCGCCUCUCCCACCACCCUGGCAGGACGUGUGUCCGCCUCCCUGUGGAGUCACCCGAAGAGAGUCCUACCUGAAAACUUUUCCUCAGACAAGUAGGAACCUCUCAAGGUUAAAUGUAUUGAGAAAUUGGUGAUGAUACCCUAAAAAGUAAAGAAUUGAGAUGGAAAGAUCAAGUAAUUCACCACCAUUAGAAAAUAGGAAUAAGAAAGAGCACUUCAGAGUUACACUCUGCCCUCAUCAGUCAGUAGUUGCUGAAUCAUCUCAAAGUAAUUUCAUACUCUGUGCCUUCGUGAUCAUGAAUGAAUCCCUAUAAGUUUGUUUCUUUACCGCUUGAAUACGUAUCUUAAAUAUGAACCUCAGACACAUCCCACAGCUCAUGUCUACUUUGUCCUUACGGCUGUAUCCAGGCGAGAAGUCAUGUGAACAGAGAAACUCCUGCUGAUUUCAGUUGUGUUAAAUUGGAUGCGAUCAUUUGUUCAAAAUAGAUCACCUGUAAAAAUCUAGAGCCACUUGGAAGUCUUACCUCUUAGUGUUUUCAUGAUUACCAUGUCACGCGGGAAAUGCAUUCUUAUUUAAAUAUUUAUUCAAUACUCAUCACCAUAUCAGGCUCUAUCGUAAGACGUGCCACAGUUCCAUAGUAGCAUCUCCUUAAAAAAAAGUCAAUUUAAUUGUCCCUUCCAAGAAUCCAUAGCCUUCCCACUUCAUGUAUUCAUGGCUUUUGUAUUCCAUGACAUUCUUGCCAGUGUUGCAAUCUCUUCAUAGGUCUGUAAAUCGUGAAUUCCCACCAGUGAACUCAUCAGAGGUAAAGAGUCACUUUUAAGACUUCAUUAUAAUAAACACUGUUUAUUACUGGUUUCAGCAUUUACAGUAUUUACAUAUUGCACAAUAUCUGGAUGCUAUCUUACACUUAUUGCACAAAGGACAAAUGAAAUGAGCCCGGGUGUGUUCACGGAUUUACACUCCACUGUCUCCAAAACGUGACACGUUUUUUUUGUGGGUUUUCAUGCAAUUCCAAAUAAUACUCUGGGAAUUUAAUUGUAAAAGUAAUAAAAAUAUUAAAUCAUA